CCAACUGGAGGGCAAUGUUCUAUCCACUACGCCAUCUAGCUGCCCCAUAAUUAUAAAUUUUCAACAAAGCAUCACUGUAAUGAUAUUUGGUCAAAUAAAAAUGAAAAGUGACCAGAAAUUAAAAUAGUUUCUCAAACCAUUUUGUUAGAAAAUUAAACAAACCAACUUAAUGUGGUGAUAAUGUGGACUUGAUUACAUCUUGUCAAUUAUAUACUUGGUGGUGUUAAAAAGGAAAUUUGGUGUUUUGCUAUACUUCAUAGGGUUAACUUUAAAAUACAUUGUCUAUACAGGAUGGCCAAACAAUAAAGUGAUUCAAUUGAAUCAGUUAAAUAACUCUUCAAACCAAUGAAAAUAAGAGUCAAAUCCUGAAGCCAUUUCAUUGUGUAUUUAUAUGGUAUUUGCAUAUGAUUCAAUGACUGACAUGAUAUAUAUUUGCUUUUUAUUUAUUAGUUAUUCCUAUGAUCUUGAAAAUAACAAAUGAUAUAAAAUAAAUUGCAAAAUUGUUAUUGUAUCUGAAGAUGUUAUUACUUGUGGGAAAAUCUUAUAAAAGCUCUCUUCUGAUUUAGAAAAUUCUUGACAGAGAAAAAAUACCUUUUAAAAUGCAUUCAUCACUUUUUCUUUUUAAAAAAAUGUUCACCAUUCCAUUCCCAGUCCCAAAGAACUUCAUAAAAUUUUAAAAUAGAACAAGUAUCCAGUGACCAACUCAUUAAAUAAAUUACCCCUUUGCUUUUUGACUCAAUACAGAUUGGGCAAGCUGAUAGCUUUCCUUAGAGUGCAAAAUUGGCCCAAAGAAACCUCCAGUGAUAUUGAUAUCCAUAUCACUCUGCAAUGGCAAAAACAAGAGCAUAGAAAGUCCCAAAUUAGGGAGUUCAUAUUAUCUUGCCUAAAAUAAUUUUUAUUUGCUUGGAAGAGUUAGGUGCAUUCUGUCUUCAAACAUUAUAGGACUAAUAUAGGUAUUAGAAAAUAUUAGAAAUUGUACAUUCAAACAUGGAGAGAGCAUUUUUAAUUGAGAAUAAAAUUUGUAGAAGGGUACUGAAAUACAGAAAUCAGAAGUGGUGAUUACAAUCAACACAGAGAAGCUAGAGCGCUUUACAUUGAAUGUUACAACUUUAUUAUCCCUCUGAAGAAACUGAGAUUCUGUGAGAUCAGUCACAGUUGCUUAAUUCUUGAAACAGGAUUUGAUUCCAUCAUUCUAUCUAAUAUGGCAUGGGUUUGAUGAAUUUGAUAUUUCAAAACAUUGAAUUGCUCCAUUAUGCAGAAGCUGGAAAUAUUUUGAGAAAGAUAUGAUUUAUCAAAAACUGCAGUUUCCUUUGCGGACUCUGAGCGCCGCUGUCGGACAGUACUGAGGCAGAACUGAAUCACCCAUUUGUUGGAGCUUCCGGCUGGGCGAUACUCUGCAAUCACAGGAAUCGUCCUCAGAGAAGAGCCGGCAUUCAGUGUCUACCGCUAGCUUCACUGGAGAUCCCGCAGACUUGUUGCCACACAAAUUAUCCUUGGUUGCCACACAAAUUAUCCUUGGUUGCGGAGACUUAGGAUCCCCGUGCAAUUGGAAACGGGAAAACAGAUUUCCCUGAAUUGAAGAGAAAGCAGAAUAGAGAAAGAAAAAUGGAAAACCAGACCAGCAGGGAACUGAAGCUUCAGGUACUGUUUACUUUCUUGGUGUCUUUGUUCUGCCUAGGGCUUUUAGAGCAAAUUCGCUAUUCUAUUCCAGAAGAAACGGUGAAAGGGUAUGUGGUUGGAAACCUCGCUAAAGAUUUGGGGCUAAAGGUCCAGGACUUGAGAACUCGGAACCUGCGGAUUAGUGGAGAGAGAGAAUAUUUUUCUGUAAGCUCAAAGAGCGGGGAAUUAGUGAUCAGAGAAAGAAUAGACAGAGAGCAGCUGUGCGGAAAGAAGCCCGUGUGUACCCUCGAUUUUGAAACAGUCGCUGAAAAUCCACUGAAUUUUUUUCAUAUGACUGUGGAGAUAGAGGAUAUUAAUGACCAUUCGCCACAAUUUAGUCAAGAUGCCUUUGAUCUGGAAAUAAGCGAAUCUACCCCGCCAGGGGCCAGAUUUAUCCUUGUAUCAGCACAGGAUGCAGAUGUAGGCAUCAACUCUCUUCAAAAAUACCAACUCAGUCCCAACAUUGAUUUCUCAUUAGUGAAUAAGGAGAAUAAAGAUGGCAGUAAAUACCCAGAACUGACAUUGGAGAAGGCCCUGGAUAGGGAGAUACAGAGUUCUCACGAAUUGUUCCUGACUGCUGUGGAUGGUGGAAACCCCGCUCGAAGCAGCACCGCUCAGAUACGGAUCAAGGUCACAGAUGCUAAUGACAAUGCUCCUGUCUUCAGCCAGGACGUCUACAGGGUCAGUCUUCCAGAAAACCUGCCCCUCGGUUCUUCGGUGCUGCAAGUGAUGUCCACAGACAAAGAUGAGAUGGUCAAUGCAGAAAUCACUUUCUCUUUCCGAAGCACAGGCCAAGACUACUGGCACGUAUUUGAUCUAGAUAUUAAUAACGGGGAAAUUACAACUGCAGAGAAUAUCGAUUUUGAAAAAAACAAAGAAUUGGUAGUGGAAGCGAGGGAUGGAGGUGGACUAGUCACACAAUGUACAGUUGAGAUUGAAGUUUUAGAUGUAAAUGACAAUGCUCCAGAGGUUAUAUUACAAUCCAUACCUUCUAUAAUUCCAGAGGACAUUUUGCCCAAUACAGUAAUUGCAUUGAUCAAAACAUAUGAUAAAGACUCUGGACACAAUGGAGAGGUGACAUGUAAAAUAAAAGGUAAUGUCCCAUUUAAAAUACUGCCUUCUUCAAAAAACUCUUACAAAUUAAUGACAGAUGGUUCCUUGGACAGAGAACAAAUCUCAGAGUAUAACAUCACCGUGAUUGCUAUAGACAAAGGAAACCCCUCUCUAUUCACCAGCAAAAUCCUCACCCUGGUUGUGGGUGAUGUUAAUGAUAACCCUCCUGUUUUCCUACUCCCUUCUUAUGUCGUUUACAUUACUGAGAACAACCUUUCUGGGGCUUCCAUUGCUAGAGUCUCAGCCUCUGACCUGGACUUGGAGGAGAAUGGCAGGGUGUCCUAUUCCAUCAUCAGCAGUGAACUAAUGUCAGGGUCUUCCUAUGUAUCUGUCAAUGGCCACAAUGGGGACAUCUUUGCUCAGUCCUCCUUCGACUACGAAGAGGUCCGAACCUUUGAGAUGAUUCUUCAGGCUUGUGACUCAGGGUCUCCCGCUCUUUGUGCCAAUGUUUCCCUGCAAGUAUUCAUAGUGGAUCAAAACGACAAUGCUCCAAAUAUCCUCUACCCUAUUUUGGGUCCAAAAAACUCAGCCCUCUUCGACAUAGUCCCUCGCUCAGUUGAACCUGGCUACCUAAUCACGAAAGUGGUGGCAGUGGACGCUGACUCGGGACACAAUGCCUGGUUGGCCUAUCACGUAUUACAGGCCACGGAUCAAGGUCUUUUCAGCCUGGGCCUAAGAACAGGUGAGGUUCGGACAGCGCGAGCUUUAACCGAACAAGACUCUACCCGGCACCGACUUCUGGUUUCUGUGCAGGACAGGGGACAGCCUCCUCUAUCUGCCACAGUGACUCUGCAUCUAGUCUUUGCAGAUAGUCUGCAGGAGGCGCUGCCUGAGAUGAAAGAGGAGCUCUCCAAUACGUUAGACCCUCAAUCUGAAUUACAAUUUUAUUUGAUAAUAGCUUUGUCUCUGGUCUCCGUGCUAUUUUUUGUCACAAUGAUUAUGGCCAUCAUACUGCACCUUCAGAGAUCCUCCAGUCCCAAGGAGUGGGGUUGUUUGCAAUCAAAUCUUUGCUCUAAGUCUGGAUCCGGUCUUCCAGCAAACUACUGCGAAGAUACUUUACCUUACUCCUACAAUCUCCAUGUGACCAUGGACCAGCGAAAAAUAGCGUUUAAUGUCCCCAAAUGCAAUGGUCCCUUAAAUCCAGGACAGGAUCUUCUUUCCUUUGAUUCGUCUCGGUCUUCAUACCCAUCUUUUGGAAUCAAUGAUUCAACUUCCUGCUCUGAGACUGUAAUUAUGGUGAGCGCUUUUCAUUUGACCUUCUUCUUCUCCUCCUCCUCCUCCUCCUCUUCCUCUUUCUACUCCUCCUCCUCCUCCUUCUCCUCUUUCUUCUCUCCUAAUCCUUUCUAUCACAACUACAAAGAUACUUUGUUCUCACUUACUGAAUCGACGGCAGCUUGA